CUACAACUAACUCAACCUGAAAUUGAAAAUGAUGCAUUAAAUCGAUUAAAAACUAUUCUUUUAAAGCAGAAUAAAUCACUAAAAGAUUUUCCAAAUAUGCUCUGUCCAGAAUCUGUUUGUGAAUUCGGGAACACUCUAUUAAAUGACGAGUUGAACUAUGAUAUACCAACUCUUACAGAUUUCAUUGAACAGAAUAUAUGCU